UCCCUGUUUAUUAUCAGGUAAUGGAUCAGUUAAGUUAAUAUACUGUAAUGCAUUUAGAAAACGAGUAUGAAUGUUAAGAACGUGUAUGUAAUAGUAAAACUUUUACUCUUUUUUUUUUAAGUGUGUUCAGUAUCACUAGAAAAUCACUAGGUAAGUUUGAUCAGGGUUAGAGCCAAACUCUGGAGUGCUUGCCCUUCAGGACCAGAUUUGGAGAGCCCUGUAACACCUAUAUCAUGUCUAAAAUGAUCACCACAUAAAUGAUUAUUUUUAAUGUAAGCAAUAAAGUCACAUACUGUAUUUGUAUAUGUUUCUGAUUACAAGGAUGAGACAUCUAACAGUGAAAAUGAGAACAGUUCCUCACGCUAUAAGACUAAAACAGCACCACAUCAUACCACAGAUGACACGUCUAGUGAAGAUGAGAACAGUUCCCCAUGCUAUAAGACUGACACAGAAUCAGUCAUGUCAUCAAUACUUUGGUAAUGAAAUCCCAGCAAAUUGUGAUUCAUGUGGUUCUGAACCUGGGGAUAAGAGCUCUCUUAUUAAAUCUGGUGACAUUUUCAUGAAAUUGUCCAUAAGAAAACAAAAAUGUCAGAUUAGCCAUUUACAGCAGCACUGAAUUACAAAUGGACCAGAGUAAAAAGCAACCCAGACAGUGUUCAAGACAUAUAUGAUGGUGAAAUGUAUAAGUCAGUAGGUCCCUUGAAUGAUCCGAACCAAUUUAUCCUUUCACUUACAUGGAAUGUUGAUGGUGUCCCUAUUUUUAAGUCCUCUCCUCUUCACAUUUGGCCAAUCCAAGUAGUAAUUAAUGAACUUUCCCCAGAUAUGAGAAGUAGGCAUGUGCUCCUUUUUGCAGUCGUUUGUUGAUGAGUGCAUUCAGUUAGAGCAGGAAGGUCUAACAGUACAGCACACAGAUGUAUGUGUUUAAUCUGGUCUGUGUAUGUGACUCGGUGGCUCACUGCUCUGUCCAAAACACUAAGCAAUUUAAUGGUGAAUAUGGAUGCAACUGGUGUUACGAGAAGGGAGUAGUAGCAGCUAAAGGAAAUGGAUUCACUAGGGUGUGUCGCAAACAAGAGAUGUGAGACCACAGCCAACAUUUUGAUGAUGUUAAAACAGCAGUCGAAACAUGUGUUAAGGGAGUCAAAGGGCCAUCCCCUUUAAUGCUUUUAACAUUUUUCAAUAUAAUUCUGGGCUUUGCUUUCGACUAUAUGCAUGGCAUUUUACUGGGUGUCAGUCGGCAAUUAACAACUUUAUGGUUUGACUCAAAAUAUCAUGGAGAGAGAUGGUAUUUGGGGAGAGAGAUAAUCACCAUUGAUAAACUACUACUUCAAAUUAAUACGCCAGUUAAUAUUACAAGACCUCCACGCUCUGUAAGGUUGCGGAAAUAUUGGAAGGCCUCAGAGUACAGGAAUUUCCUUUUGUUUUACAGCCUUCCAUGCUUGAGUGGCAUUUUAUCAUGUGAUUACCUAGAACACCUACUACUCCUUGUCCAAGCAACGUACUUACUAUUAAAAGAUGACAUGAGUUCUCAUGACAUAGAUGUAGCUGAAUACCUGUUAAAAACUUUUGUGAGCCGGUUUGAGAGACUGUAUGGCAAAUGUCAUGCUAGUUUUAAUGUGCACAUUUUACAGCAUGCAGCACAGUCAGUACGAAACUGGGGUCCACUAUGGUGCCAAAGUGCAUUUAUUUUUGAAAGCCACAAUGGUAACUUGCAAAAGCUCUUCCAUGGCACCCAGGCAGUUACAGAACAAAUAGCCAAUAGCUUUUCUCUUUUUCAAAGUAUUCCCCGGCUUCUAUCUACUGUUUACGAUAAGAGUGUUAAAAAAACAAGCACAGAUUUUGUUGACCGUAUGCUACGUGGGUAUAGACUUGCCACAAACUGUGUAAAAAAGACAAACAUAAUCUUUCUGGGCUUACCAACAGUAAGAAUGCCAACACCUAGGGAGGCAUUUCUGUUCAGAGAACAGGGAAUUGAUGUUCACCAAUGUGCAUUUUAUUCAAGAGCUAUAAUUAAUGGAAACAGGAUUCAUUCAAAGACAAGCACAACACUGUCAAGAAGGAUCAACCGUGCAGUUGUGACAGAACAAGGCACAAUGGCAUUGGUGAGAUCGUUUGUUGAUGUGGGUUUUGAUAAAGGUUUUGCCUUUAUUGAUCCAGUUAUUACAGCCAAGUUCAACAUGGUUAAAGAUAGACAAACAGGAACUGCUUUCUCUGGGAUAGUUAGGGAAAAUUAUAUUUCAACUGAUGUUAAAUUAAUCAACUGCAAUGAGAUUAGAACAACUUGUGUGUACUUAAAGGAUGUGGAGCUUGUACAGAAUUUACUUUGCAUUCAACCCAACAAAUGGGAAGUUGAUUAAUUACUAUUCUAUUUUUGUCAAGUAUAUAUACACUUUAACAUGAUUAUUUUGAACAUUCUUAAACAUCUACAGUUAAUACAUGUACAGUGAUAAAUAGCUCAGUUUUUAUUUUAUGUACACUGAUCUCUGUUUUAUAUAUGUACAAUGAGAUAAAUAGCUAUUUUAGUAUAUUUUAUAUAUAUUUUGGAUUGUUUGUUUAUCCCGAUAGCAUCUUGGAAUUUUGGAAAAUGUAUUUGGGCCAGUUGAAUAAAUAAAUAUUUUAUGUAAUACCGUAACAUGCUGUGUAUAUCAUUAUUUGAAAAAUCCUUUGUAAUGUAACAACAUUUAUUAAUAAUGUAAUUAAUGUAACAACUAUUAAUGAGGUUCAUAUCAGAAAUACACAUUAACAUUCCAGCCAAACCAUGAAUUUUAUAUCCCACAGGUAUCUUAUAAUUUCUGUAGGUUGUUUUGCAUUCCUACAAGAAGUCAGUGGACAAACCUACA